ACCAUUCUCAUCCUGCCACGUAAUUGGAUUUAAUUCUUAAUCGCAAGCGAACAGUACCUUCGGUACUAUUUAGUUAACGACAAGCCGCGGUCCUCCGUACACGUUCCAGCUACGGUCCAGGUGUCUCUCAUACCACCUCCACAGCGCCGUGGGAUAAACGCAUGUUCCGGUAGUUUCUUUGGUGGCGCCCGCUGAUGCACACGGAGUGUUUCCGGCCACGUGGAAUGAAACGACUGGUGAAUUCGGGGGAAUUUGCUUAAUGGUGGCGGAACAAGGAACAUGUAACGUGCAUCAGCGGGCGCCACCAAAGAAUUUUCCCUGAAUUUUCGCACUGCAAGCAGACAAACCAGCUCGCAGCGGUCCGGCUACUUUCAAAAGACUAAAAUACCCUCAUGCCUCCCGGAUGUUAUUUUAUUUUAUCAGACCUAUCUCCGUCAUUUGACACUGCCAUCUCCUUUUCUCAUCGUCCAGCUCCGGAUCGUUGGUCCGAACGCACGUCGCCCUGAGAUCUCCAAGCCGUACAUCCCACACGAGCCGUCUGAUGGGAAGCGGCGAAGAGUCCAAGCCGUCCAUCCUGUAUGACCCCUCCUCCUCCACCCAGCCCCUCCUCUCCGCCACCGACCCCGCCGUCCCCCCGCAGGACGCCGACGACGACCAGUACCCCCCGAUCUCUUACCAGCACGGCCCUCGCCCCCUCCGCGACCUCCCCGCUCUCGUCCUCUUCCUCGUCCUCUCUCUUUCUACCAUCGCUUUCGGCCUCGUCGCCGUCGCCCGCCGUAACCCCGCCGCCUCCCGCGCCUCCUCCUUCGUCUUCGACCCCGCCUCCUCCUCCUGCGUCCUCCGCUCCUCUAAUACCCUCUCUCUCUCCCUCUUCUUUUCUUCCCCUUUCUUGAAAGAUCUCAUCUGGACUCUCGUCGUCACCCUCCUUCUGUCCGGCCCCAUCGCCCUCGCCAUCCUCUGGCUCCUCCGCCAUUACGCCAAACAGGUGGUGUACACCGCCCUUCCCUUCUUCAUCCUUAUCCCGGCCUUCAUCAAUGUAUACUGGUUCGCCGCCUGCACCCUCAACCACGGCUGCCGCCACUCCUUGCCCCUCGCUUACCGAAUCCUUGCCCUCAUCUUUAUCUUCAUCCUCAUCGCCAUCAUCCUCUGGAUCAUCGUCGCCAAUUGGCAUCGCGUGGAGCUGACCGUGCGGAUCGUCCAGAUCUCUGCCGCCGCCCUCGCCGGCAACAUCAGCCUGGUCGCCGUGCUUCCCGCGCUGGGACUCGGGCUCCUCGUCUACUUUGCCCCAAUUGUGGUGUUCUUGGUGUACUCGACAUGGAACGGAAAGGUGGUGCCGAAGGAGAAGGAGGGCGCCGGUGGGGAUUAUUAUUUGUGUGUGUGGAGGCAGGAUGGGUGGGUGCCCGCAUACUUUGCGUUGGCGAUCAUCACGAUGAUUUGGUCAGUGGCGACAAUGGUGGAAGCACAGGUGUAUGUCAUCAGUGGGACGAUCGCACAAUGGUACUUCUCCAAGGAGGGGUCCAAGCCUAGCCGGAGCAUAAGGAGCUCUUUGAGGAAUGCUUUUGGUCCCUCCUUUGGUACGGUAUGUUUUUCAGGAAUGGUGAUGGGUGCUAUCCGUAUAAUCCGUGCUAUUGUAGAUAGUGCAAAGCAAGAUGGGGCUCAAGGAUUUGUGAAUCUAGUGCUCAAGUGCUGUGCUAAGUUCUUGCUCUCUGCAUUUGACUUUGUUAACAAGUUUACUGUAAACUUUGCUGCGAUAACGGGUGAAGGGUAUUGUUCUGCUGCUAAGAUGACGUAUGAGCUUCUAAAGCGAAAUCUUCUCUCUGCUGUUUUUGUUGAGACAGUGUCUACACGCAUACUGGCUGGAAUAAUUUUUGUUCUCUCGGCAUUGUAUGCUAUAGCGGUUUGUGCAAUUUUAAAAGCCGUGAGUGCUCUGGGCACAGAAAUGUAUCUGGUUGCAGCCCUCGCCUGGUUGCUGCUGAUGGUGGUAUUGGGUUACUUUGUUCAUGUAUUGGAUAACGUUAUCGACACCGUUUAUGUGUGCUAUGCCAUAGACAGGGAUAAAGGGGAAGUGUGUAAGCAGGAGGUCCAUGAGGUUUAUGUACUUCUCCCUGUCAGUAGAAAUCAUAGACCCUCCGUUAACAACAGAAGUCCAUUGGUUGUAUAAUGACCUGCUUCUCACCCUUUUGUAUAAUUCUGAGAAUGUCAUUUCAUGGAGAUAACACAAAUAAUAAGCGCUGUGCUGCCACCAGGGAAGUUAACAGAUUGUGUGUACAUUCGCCCCCCAAAUCAUCAUCACUUGUAUGAUAACUAAAUUGAUUGUUGCUCGGCUGUAGAAAACAUGUAAUCAUAAUUGUUGUCAUGGCAUGACAUUUUUUGAUGUAGUUGCUUUUUACGUGCU